GUCUCAGGGUCCCCCCCCCCCCCACGCAGCAGGAAGAGGCCUGCAGAGUCAGCCCCCUGAGGUUCUGGUCCAGGCCCCCACAGGGAGGGGCUGCAAGGGCCCUUCCUCCCAAGGCUGCCUGAGGUGAAAGUGAUGGGACUGCAGCCCUCGGCCUGGAGUUUGGGCGUUGUGAGCAGCCAGCCUUGGCACUGCUGGGUGCUUCUCCCUGGAGCCCCCUCCCCGCAGGCUCCCAGGGCAUUCUUCCCAGCUCCCCCCCUCUGCUUCCUAAGAGGUGGCCCUCAAGUAGCCCAGGCCUAGGAGUGCCCCCCAUGGCUCCCAGCUGCUUCCUCUGGCCUUUCUUCUUGCUGCUGGAGCUGGUGGGGGCCAGUGCCUUGCAGCAGGGGGGCCGGUGGAAUGGGAGUGGGGACCCCUUGCCUGAAGGGGAGCCCGGCAGAGGAAGACCCCUGAGGGCAGGGCUUGUCCCCCACCUUCCCAGCCCAGCUGGGGUGAGCCUGGCCGCUGGCCCCAGGCUGCCGGAGGGGGGGGCAGAGGAGCAGGCCCACGAGGACAGCAGCCCCCUGUGCUGCAGCGAGGGGGGGCUCGGGCUGGGGGGCGGCAUCAGGGUGGUCAAAAGCGGCCUGGUGUGUGCCUUGGGCCUCCUUAUCAUGCUGGCCAACGGGACGGUCAUCGCGGUCAUCACCUCCUCCGUGUCCGGCUGGAGCCACAGCAGCCGGCGAGUGCUGCUCUCCCUGGCUGCCGCUGAUGCCGCCCUGGCUGUGCUGGUGGUGCCCCUCAACAUGUACCAUAGCCUGGCAUUGGGGCCGGGGGAGGAAGAGGGCACCAGCUGCCGGGCAGUGGCCUUCAUCAACUCCAGCGUCUUCGGGGCCUCCCUCUACUCCUUGGCAGGCGUCUCCCUGGAGCGCUACGUGGCCGUCUUCUUCCCGCUGCACUACGGGCGCCUCUUGACUCGCAGGCGGGUGGCCCUGCUCAUAGCCACCGCCUGGCUGCUGCCUGCCCUCCUGUUGGUGCCGCUGGCAGUGCCAGGGCCUGGGGCCGUGCUCCGGGUCCGCUUCUCUGCCGCGGCUCUGCUCUGCGAGCCGGACUAUGCCUCCAACGCCCCCUACUCCUUGCUGCUGGCAGGCGCCAUUUUCUGCCCAGCAGCUGGGGUUAUCACCUUUGCCAAUCUGCGCCUGUGGCUGGUGGCACGCUCACAGCAGCGGAGCCGGAGAGGGGCCGUCCCGAGAAGGCUCCGCUUGCUGCACAUGGGCCCGGCUUCCCGCAUCCUGCUGCCCGUCGUCAUUGCCUUCUACGUCUGCUGGGCCCCCUGCAUGGGCACCAUCCUGUACAACGCUCUCACCCUGGAAAGAGUCCACGACUGGCUGGAGUUUGUGGCCCUCUGGCUGCCCACCGGCAGCGGAUUCCUCAACUGCUUUGUCUACUUCUGGGUCAACCGGAGCUUCCGACACAAGUUUCAAAAGCUGGGCCGUCGGCUGUGCUGUGGAGCCAAGCAGGACUGGGCUGGCCUCGGCCUCCCGACCGUCAGUGCCGCAGUGCAGAAGGGGGGCUGCCACCGGCCGGGCCUCUCCCUAGAGGACUUCUCCCACAGCGGCUCCUCCAGCAGCCUCGGCCUCUCUCAGGAGCCUCAUGUUGGACGGAUGCGUGACCCUGCAGAUUGAAGAGGGGGGACUGAGACUGAGGGUGUGGGGCGAGGGGCCACCCCAAAGGCCCCCUAACGGAAAAAAGCCCCCUCUGCUGACAAGCAAGUGGGGUCUCCCCCAGGGUGGUGGUGGGCCUUGGCUGGUGCUCCACCUGCACCUCUUCGGAGAUGCCAAUGAGCAGACAGCAGUGCUCAGCUGUUCCCUGGCUCCUUCGUUGCAACCACUUCUCUGGCAUGGUGCGAGAGGUGACCCUGGGCUUGGCAGCCAUGGCGGAGCGUGUGUGUGUUGUGUGCUGGGCAGUGGAGCAGCUGGUGAGGACGGCGAGGCAAACUACAGGCCCCAGAACCCCUGCUGGCCACAGAAGAGGACACGGAGAGUCUAGAGCUCUGGGUUUGGACUGCUUGACACGGAACGCCCACCUGGGCACCCUUCUGCCCCCUCCCUGGCUUGAGCUCAACAUCCAGCGGCCCCUUUUUCUAAAGGGCCAGGCAGAGGCAACUUAGAUUCACAGACAAAAGAAAGAAAGCCUAUAUUUAAAAAAAAAAAUACGAAAACAGUUUUCAGCCUGGGAUUCAACCUGUAUUGUAAGACAGCUGAGUUUUUAAUGUCCUUUUAUUGGCCAGCCUCUGCCAUCCACGAGGUUUUAAGAGCAGGGUUUUAGCUGACCCUCCCCCACUCUGUCCCUUUGGCUGUGAUGGAUAAAAGGACCCGGGGAGGGAAGGAGGGAGGGCGUCUUGCCGGGGGGGGGGGGCAGAGAGCAACAGAGCUGCACAGCUGAGGUGUUCUGGGGUUUGGGGCCUGCCAGAGCUCUGGGUGCCGCAACUCCCUGCUACCCACCCUCCUCUUCUUGGGGAAUCUCUGGCCCAGGCUGCAGUCAGCUUCCCAGGGAGGCACCGUGAAGCUUGGGUGAGGCAGCCAAGUCCACCAGCCAUUAGAAGGCAGGAAGCCCUUGAGCAACCCUCUCCUCUCCCCCAGGGGGCCUGGGGCUCCAAGAACUGGGGCAGAGAGGCUUCCAGGACCACCAGUCCUUCUUUAACAGAAUGCAAAUUUCCUCUCCCUCAUCUUGAUUUUUAAUUAUGGGACUUUUUAAUGGCUUGAAGGGGGAGUAGAAGUUGCAGUGGAAGAAGUGGGGGCUGCUCCAUUUCCACCCCAUACAGAAGGUUGGGGGGUUUCUAGGCACGGAGAGAAGCGUUCUGCUGGGGGGCUGAGACCAAGCCUGGGGGGAAUGGGGCGGGGAGAGAAAGAGGACCUUUUCUAGGGAUAUUUUUCAAGUCCACAGUUUAACUUGCCAUAGGCAAGACUGUGUCAGGAGUGGGGACCGCAUUAGGGUAAACCUAUUAGGUAACACCCCCUCUCCCCAUACAGCUGCUAAGGGCUUCAUCUCAACCAGAGCUGUGUGUCAGAAAACAAACUGUCUUCUCUGUCUGGAGUUAUUUCAUUUCUCUAUUUUCCUUUCCCCCUCUGCUUCUCCCCGACCCGGUGAGUGUUGUAUUGUAGGCAGGCAUCAUGGAAAACUGUGGGUUUUGUAUUUGACUUGCUCUGAGUUGUAAUGUUUUGUGCCUGCAUUUUAAAAAUACAUAUAGGCUGUGGUAUGAAAUGAUUCAAAUUGAUGUUGCUCACCUCAACAUCUCUUUCUAAAGUUACCUUUUUAAAAAAAAAAAAAAAUUGCUAUCCAGACCUUUUUAAAAAAAUGUUUCUGGAGUUUAGAGAGAGAUACAGGUCAGACUCUCCUUUUCCUUCCCUUUUCUGAUAUGUAAGUGCUGUGUUUUUCUUUUUCUUUAGGGGAGUAUAUAAUUAAAAUUUUACAAUGAUUAAAUAAAAAUAAAGUUCUUUUGCAUUAA